AUGCAUGCAGUCUUUGAAAAUUUCGAUCCCCUUUACCAAACAAGAGAUCAAGUGCACAACUUAGAAGAUGAAGUAAAAGAACUCAAUGAAAAGCUACAUAAAGCAUAUUUAGAAAUGAUUAAUAAAGAAAAUAUGGUGAAAGAGCAUGCUAAAGUUGCUGAAGAAGCUGUCUCAGGCUGGGAAAAGGCUGAUGCAGAAGCUGCAGCAUUGAAAAAUAAUGUGGAGUCUGUCACACUGCUAAAGCUUGCUGCUGAGGAUCGGGCAUCGCGUUUGGAUGCUUCUCUCAACAAACGCACAAGGCAGAUUCAAAAUUUGAAGGAAGACCAUGAUCUAAAACUACAGGAAGUUAUUCUUAGCAACACAAGAAUCUUUGACAAGAUGAAACAUGAGCUUGAAAAACAAAUUGCAAAUUUUGAACAACAAUUACUGAUGUCUGCCGCUGAAAAUGCUGCACUAUCAAGAUCAUUGCAAGAACGUUCCAACACGGCGUUCAAGCUCAGCGAGGACAGAUUACAGGCAGAAGCUGAGAUAGAACGUUUGAGAAGAAACAUCGAGGCCUGUGAAAAGGAAGUGAACUCACUACAAUAUGAGCUCCACAUUGCUAACAAAGAAGUGGAAAUCCGCAAUGAGGAAAAGAACAUGAGUAUGCGGUCUGCGGAUGUGGCAAAUAAGCAACACCUUGAUGGAGUUAAGAAAAUUGCCAAGCUUGAAGCAGAGUGUCAAAGGUUACGAGGGCUUGUUCGCAAGAAACUACCUGGUCCGGCUGCACUGGCACAAAUGAAACUUGAAGUUGAAAGUAUGGGUCUUGAUUAUGGAGACUCCCAUGUACGGAGGUCUACAGCAAGUUUAUGUCUGAAAGAGAACGAGUUACUAAUGGAGCGUUUAGUAACAAUGGAUGAAGAAACAACGAUGUUGAAAGAAGCGUUGGCAAAGCGUAAUGGCGAAUUGCAAAGUUGUAGAAGUAUGUAUGCACAGACAGCUAGCAAGCUUCAAAGUUUAGAAUCACAAAUACAAGCUAAUGGUGAACGGAAAAGUCACGUGACUCAUAUUUCAGUCCCGGUUGAAGGCUUGUCUAGCAAUCCACCAAGUUUUGCCUGCGGAAAUGAUGAUAAUGUAACUCAUGCUGGUUCAUGUAAAUCUGAGUACACCAAAAACCUUCACCUCAUGGAUGACUUCCUGGAAAUGGAGAAAUUAGCAUACCAAUCUCAUGGAUCACAUGAAGCUGUUUCAAGUACAGAUAUAGGCAGUACCCCCGCCCGAACUGCAAGCCAAGUAGGUUCAGUUGAAGUCCACACAAGCACAGACAGUCCAUUUAAAGAUGGACUUGCAUCUGAGUAUCAAGUGGUCUCUAAAGAAGAUUCAGCUGUUGCAGAGCCUCAACCCCAAGCGGAUCGACUUUUCUAUGUGAAGCUCAAAUCAGAAUUAUCUAGAGUGAUUGAGUCAGUGUCAAAGGAGAAAGAUAUGGAAAAGGUUAUAGUGGAUGUUAGACAUAUUAUGCAGGAUAUGUUUGAUGCUUCGCAGCCCCAACUACGGAACAAGAAAUGUUCACUGGAGGAGUUUGAGGAAUUGAAAACGAACAAGGAUAAUUUGGCUGUGGAACUUGCUACAUGCACAGAAAAGUAUGAAAGUACUAAGAUACAGUUGCUGGAAGCAGAACAGCUUCUUGCUGAUGUUACGUUACAGUUAACGUCAGCCCAAAAAUGCAACAGCUUGGCUGAGACACAGCUGAAAUGCAUGACAGAAUCCCACAAAUCACUCGAAAAAAGGGCAGAGGAAUUACAAACUGAAGUUAAACUUCUUCAAGGGAAAAUAGGAAAUUUGGACCUUGAGCUGCAAGGUCAUCAGGAUGCACUUAACAGAUGCAAUGAUCUCUUAGACCAGCUCCAAAGGUAA